GCACAAGCAUGCCUCGUCACUAGAGAGGCAGAGCGCGUAGCUGAGACUUGGAGAAGCUUUUUAUGAUUAAGAAAGCUGUGCAGCCGCUGCUGAGGUAAAGACGCGGGAGCGCAGGAGUUUUUUUUCCAACUUCACCGCUGCAGGUUGUUGUGACAGCGACCCUGUUCUCAGGGAAACAUCCCUGGGGACAAAUCUAAACACAGGCACACACAAUCACACACAGGCACGAUGCAGGAGUCAGAGCCCACAGUAUGCCAGCUGCAGCCCAAUAUCAUCUCUGUGCGCCUUUUCAAGAGGAAGAUUGGGGGUUUGGGCUUUCUGGUGAAGCAGAGGCUGUCUAAGCCACCUGUCAUUGUGUCAGACCUCAUUCGCGGUGGAGCAGCAGAAGAGUGUGGCCUGGUGCAGGUGGGCGACAUUGUGUUGGCUGUCAACAACAAGCCACUGGUGGACCUUUCCUAUGAAAGGGCAUUGGAGACGUUGAAGAAUGUGUCACCUGAGAGCCACGCUGUGCUCAUCCUUCGUGGGCCUGAGGGCUUCACCACCCACCUGGAGACCACCCUAUCAGGAGAUGGCCGUCAGCGCACAGUGAGGAUCACACGCCCUGCCUUCCCACCCUCCAAGUCAUACGAUCAGUGGUCGCCUCUUAGCACGUAUAGCCCUGGGCAGCUGCAGCAGGUCAACAGGGAGCCCCAGCUCAGGGCUAUUGAGAACCUGUCCUCUCCAUCCAUCACCCAGGCUCUCCUACAGAGGGGAGGUGUGCAGGGCCAGGAUGGGGGGCGUGGAGCUCUGCUGUGCAACGGGCUGGAGGAAAACGAGCUGCUAAAGGAGAUCGAACCAGUGCUGCGCCUAAUCAAAAGCACCAAAAAGGAGAUCAAUGGAGAAGGCCAGAGGAAUGCUGGGAGAAAAGAUGUGGAGAUUCAAGUGGCAUGGGACCUCGGCGUGGGAAAUGGCACAUCCCCCCAGCUGGAACCAGAUAAUGACAGGAUACUGGAAAACAAGCCAGUGGUGCACAGCAACACUGACAAGGCUCUGGCCCAGGGCAGGACCUCACCCAUUAAAUCAAUGCAGAACGGCAGCCCCUCCAAAUGCCCCCGCUUUGUAAAGAUCAAGAACUGGGAGACUGGCACGAUCUACAGCGACGUACUCCACCACAGCUCCAGCAAGGUGCCGAUCUGCAGUGAAAAUGUAUGCAAUGGUUCUGUGAUGAUGCCCAACCAGCACAUCCGCAAACCAGAUGAGGUCAGAACCAAAGAGGAGCUGCUCCCCCUGGCUACAGACUUCAUAGACCAGUACUACACCUCAAUCAAAAGAUAUGGCUCUAAGGCUCAUGUGGACAGACUGGAGGAGGUUACUAAGGAGAUUGAAGCUUCAGGAACUUACCAACUGAAAGACAAUGAACUGAUUUAUGGAGCCAAGCAUGCCUGGAGGAAUGCUGCCCGGUGUGUUGGACGGAUUCAGUGGUCCAAACUACAGGUUUUUGAUGCCAGAGACUGCACCACAGCCCAUGGAAUGUACAACUAUAUCUGCAACCACAUCAAGUAUGCCACCAACAAGGGCAACCUGAGGUCAGCUAUCACCAUAUUUCCUCAGAGGACAGAUGGCAAACGUGACUUUAGGGUGUGGAACAGUCAGCUGAUUCGCUAUGCAGGUUACAAACAGCCUGAUGGACAGAUAACAGGAGACCCUGCUAAUGUUGAAUUCACAGAGAUCUGCACACAGCUUGGAUGGAAAGCUCCAAAGGGUCGUUUUGAUGUCCUUCCUCUUCUGCUGCAAGCCAAUGGAAAUGACCCUGAGCUGUUUGAGAUCCCUGAAGACCUCAUUCUGGAGGUGCCAAUCACACACCCAAAGUAUGAGUGGUUUAAAGACCUGGAGCUGAAGUGGUAUGGUCUCCCCGCGGUUUCCAACAUGCUACUGGAGAUUGGUGGUCUGGAGUUCACUGGAUGUCCCUUCAGUGGCUGGUACAUGGGCACAGAGAUUGGCGUGAGGGACUUCUGUGACAGCUCACGCUACAACAUACUGGAGGAAGUUGCUAACAAGAUGGGUUUGGACACCAGGAAGACUUCUUCCCUUUGGAAAGACCAGGCACUUGUGGAGAUCAACAUUGCUGUUCUUUACAGCUUCCAGACCUGCAAAGUUACCAUAGUUGACCACCAUUCAGCCACAGAGUCCUUCAUGAAGCACAUGGAGAAUGAGUAUCGGGUGAGAGGAGGCUGUCCUGGAGAUUGGGUGUGGAUUGUGCCUCCUAUGUCAGGAAGUAUUACACCAGUAUUUCACCAAGAAAUGCUCAACUAUCGCCUCACCCCUUCCUUUGAGUACCAGGCUGAUCCUUGGAACACUCAUGUGUGGAAAGGAGUCAAUGGGACACCCACAAAGAAAAGAGCAAUUGGAUUCAAGAAGCUAGCCAAGGCUGUGAAAUUUUCUGCAAAGCUCAUGGGCCAAGCCAUGGCCAAGAGGGUUAAAGCCACCAUACUGUUUGCCACAGAGACGGGCAAAUCACAAGAAUACGCCAAAACACUCUGUGAAAUCUUCAAACACGCCUUUGACGCUAAGGUCAUUUCCAUGGAUGAAUAUGAUGUGGUUGACCUGGAACAUGAGACACUGGUUUUAGUGGUGACCAGCACAUUUGGUAACGGGGAUCCACCUGAGAAUGGGGAGAAAUUUGGAGCUGCCUUAAUGGAAAUGCGACACCCAACAUCCAACACAGAGGACAGAAAGAGCUACAAGGUCCGUUUCAACAGUGUAUCUUCUUACUCUGACACUCGGAAAUCCUCCAGUGAUGAACCAGAGGCUAAGAUAAAUUUUGAGAGCACGGGACCGCUUGCUAAUGUCAGGUUCUCGGUGUUUGGCCUUGGCUCCAGGGCCUACCCACACUUCUGCGCCUUUGCCCACGCCAUGGACACGCUGUUUGAAGAGCUGGGGGGUGAGCGCAUCCUACGCAUGGGAGAAGGAGAUGAGCUGUGUGGCCAGGAGGAGUCAUUCAGAACAUGGGCCAAGAAAGUUUUUAAGGCUGCUUGUGAUGUAUUCUGUGUCGGUGACGAUGUGAACAUUGAGAAGGCCAAUGACUCAUUAAUCAGCAAUGACCGCAGCUGGAAGAAGAGCAAGUUCCGCCUAACAUACACAGCUGAAGCCCCAGCCCUCACAGAAGCUUUGUACACUAUUCACAAGAAGAAAGUUUAUGGAGCAAAGAUUAUAGAAGCUCAAAACUUGCAGAGUCCCAAAUCAAAUCGCUCCACCAUCUUUGUGCGGCUCCACACAAACAACCACGACAGCCUGCGCUACAAGCCCGGCGACCAUCUGGGCAUCUACCCUGGCAACCACGAGGACCUGGUUACGGCUCUCUUAGAUAAACUGGAGGAUGCUCCACCUCUCAAUCAAAUUGUCAAAGUGGAGUUCCUGGAGGAGAGGAAUACUGCCUUAGGUGUAAUCAGUAAUUGGACAAAUGAGACUCGUAUCCCUCCCUGCACUAUUUACCAAGCUUUCCAGCACUUCCUGGACAUUACCACUCCUCCAACCCCUGUGCUACUGCAGCAGUUUGCUGCCCUGGCAACCAAUGACAAAGAGAAAAAGAAACUAGAGAUCCUCAGUAAGGGCUUGCAGGAAUAUGAGGAAUGGAAGUGGUACAACAAUCCCACUCUGGUGGAGGUGUUGGAGCAGUUCCCUUCCAUCCAGAUGCCCUCCACCCUGCUGCUCACACAGCUGCCCCUGCUGCAGCCUCGCUACUAUUCUAUCAGCUCCUCUCCUGACCGUUAUCCGGGAGAGAUCCACCUCACAGUGGCCGUCGUCUCCUACCGUACUAGAGAUGGAGAGGGGCCCAUCCACCAUGGAGUGUGUUCAUCGUGGCUCAACAGGAUAGAGAACGGGGAGAUGGUGCCGUGUUUUGUCCGGGGUGCACCGUCAUUCCAACUUCCCAAAGACAACCAAGCACCUUGUAUCCUGGUGGGUCCAGGAACAGGCAUCGCCCCCUUCAGAAGCUUCUGGCAACACAGACUAUAUGAUCUUGAGCACAAUGGGAUUAAGUCGUGCCCCAUGGUCCUGGUGUUUGGCUGUCGGCAGUCUGAGAUGGACCACAUUUAUAAGGAGGAGACUAUUCAAGCUAAGAACAAAGGGGUGUUCAAGGAGCUCUAUGCGGCUUACUCCAGAGAACCCGGCAAACCAAAGAAAUAUGUACAAGAUGUACUGCGAGAGCAUCUGUCAGAGACGGUGUACCAGUGCCUGAGGAAGGAGAGCGGACACAUCUAUGUUUGUGGGGAUGUUACAAUGGCUGGAGAUGUUCUCAAGACUGUCCAGCAAAUCAUCAAGCAGCAAGGCAACAUGAGUCUAGAGGAUGCCGGCUUCUACAUCAGCAAGCUUAGGGAUGAGAACCGAUACCAUGAGGACAUCUUCGGGGUCACUCUGCGUACCUACGAGGUCACCAAUCGGAUUCGCUCAGAGUCCAUCGCCUACAUUGAGGAAAGCAAAAAGGACUCAGAUGAGGUUUUCUGCUCGUAGGUCGAUGAAUCUCCAGCUCUCUGAAAAAAGAAAAAACCUGAAGAUCUGAAGAUCUGAAGAUCUGAAGAUCGCGACGACAGUGGUUAAAAUAUACUGUGCCAAUUUUUGUACUGUAAAAAAAAAAGGGGGGAGGGGGGGGGGAUCCUUUAAAAUUUUCUUUCUUUUUUUAUACCACUUUAAUGUUUCUGUUGGGCUCUGCAACUUUGUCCGUAGCAAGUUGGAAAUGUUUUGUUCUCUUAAAAUUCUGUUUUGCUUGUUAAUGAUUCUUCUAAAAAUGUUUGAAUUGAUCUUAAUGAUUCAUAAUGCGUGCACCUAGUGUAAUGACCUGCCUCAUUGUGAAUGCAUGACAAAGAUAAGAAUAUACUCAAGAAAUAUACUAUACUCUGUGUUAUUGUUGCAGUUAAAAGGCUUAUAUUGAGGUUAUAUAUUUUGGGGAAAAUGUGUGAUAAACUGGCAUUUCUUUAUGAACUGAGUCAACUUUACUUUUUGUAAAGGACAGGUGAAAUAUCUUUGGGAUGUUGUAUCAAGAGGCUGUAGCUUUAGGAAACUGAAUGAUGUACAGGCAUGCAGAUAGAAAAAAAACAAACAAAAAACAAACAAACA